GUCACGUGGCGGCCGACUGUCCAGGGUGGAGUUAUCGAGCGCUCCCUCCUCUCGGAGCAGAGCGGACGGAAUGCGGCUAGCUCCGUUAACGGUAACGGCUCAAUUUACACGUUUAAGCUCCUCACCGGCGAUGACAUGAAGCACCGUCAGGCGGCCGGUAUCGGAGUCAGCCCGAGCUAACGGCCACCGGUGCUGCUGUGCGGCGGGAAGCCCGGCCCGGUGUCGGUUUGUUGUUCGGGGUUAGCUUCCUGAGCGAGCUAGCUGCCUGCUUCUUUUAACGCCUUACCGGGAGUUAGCCUCGGAGGAGAGCGAUACCCGGUCACAGCCACGGUCAGUCUGCGCCCGGACCGCCCCGCAGCAUGCACGGAGGAGGGCUCCGGUAGGACGGACACAGCCGGUAACACCGCAGCGGAUGUAGCUAACACCGGGCCCGAAUACCAGCACUCCGCCUCCCUCCCGGUCUCCUGGUCUCCGUCCUCCCUCUUCAUGAUCGACAUGGAGCCUCCCGCCCUCAACCCACUGCCUCAGUUCCCGGAGAACUCCUACAAGAUGACGGAGGAGGAUGUGAAGAGGCUGAUUGAGUUCAGGGCCUCCAAUGAAGCUCUGUUCACGGGGAAGAGGAACUCUGCCAAGAUCGCCUGGAGCACCAUCCUGAAAGGUCUUGGCCUCGAAGGGAAGCUCACCGCUGACCAGAUUGCCAAAAAAUGGGACAACUUGAGAACAAAAUAUAAGGACCUGAAGCAGCCCUACCAGGGUCAGGACCACAUCGGGGGCGUGGUGGAGUCGUGGCCCUGGUUCCACAUCAUGGACGAGGCCAUGCAGGGCCGCCUCUACAACAGCAACCUGGUGCUGAGUCCGGAGAACGCCGGCAACGCUGCUCACCGCGCCAACAGCCAGCCGAGCCAGACCCAGGAGAACACCGACAUCCUGGAGUUCCUCAUCAAGACGGAGAUGGAGGACACUGUGGCGGCAGAGACGGCCGAGGACGACGGGACGGUCCACGCCGAGGUGGCACCCAUCGAGGGCGUCCCGAUGGGCUGGAGGAGGAUGUCCGAGUGCUCGUACAAAAUGACCGAACCAGAAACGGAGAGGAUGAUCAAACUUCGAGCUGCAAACGAAGCUCUCUUCACUGGGAGGAAACAUUCAGCCAAACCGGCCUGGAGAGCCAUUCUGUAUGAGUUGGGUCUUCAGGGGAAACUGACCACAGACCAGCUGGCUAAGAAGUGGGACAACCUGAAGAGGAGAUAUAAGGAGCUGAAGUUUCCUGCUCGCGGCGUGGAGACCAACCCCAGCUCGUGGCCGUGGUUCUACCGCAUGAACGACGCCAUGGAGGGACGCUUCGCCGGCGCCGCCCCCAUCCUCACGCCCAUCGUGGAGGACGAGGACGAGGACUGCGAGCCGCUGUCGUCAACGCCCAAGAAACGAGCCCGCCGGAGCCGAGGAGGGAUGGCCGAGUUCCUGACGGAGUCCGAGAUGGACCUGCUGGUGGACAACGAGGAGAAGAACGGGUCGACGGCGCUGGGAGAGCUCCACCGCAUGGCCGAGUUCACCUACAAACUGACAGAAGACGACACGAGGCGACUGAUCGAGCUCCGAGCUGCUAACGAAUCUCUAUUUACGGGGAGGAGGAACACCGCCAAGCCGGCCUGGAGGGGAAUCGUGAAGGAGAUGGGACUGACAGGGAAGAUCACCCCUGACCAGGUGGCCAAGAAGUGGGACAACCUGAAGACCAAAUUCAAGGACCUGAAGUUUCCUCCCCGGGGGAUGGAGGGUCAGACCAACCCGGCCUCCUGGCCCUGGUUCCAGCUGAUGAGCGACGCUCUGGAGGGCCGUCUGGUGGGGAAAGCUCCCAGGGUGACGCCGGUCUGGACCAACGAGGAGGACGGCGUGUUCGGCUCGUCUCCGCCCACCGACCGGGACUGUCUGAUGGCCGAGAGGGGCAGCGUGUCGGAGCUGGAGAGCAUGGUGGGCGGAGACAACGCCGAGGCCGACGGGAACGUCACCUACAUCGACGCCAGCGGGGAGGAGUGUUCGACGCUCUCCGACCUCACCUAUAAGAUGACGGAUCAGGACACCAGGAGGAUGAUCAAACUUCGAGCUGCUAACGAGGCGUUGUUCACCGGGAGGAGAAACGCCGCCAAAGCUGCCUGGAAAGCCAUCCUGAAGGAACUCGGGCUGCAGGGGAAGGUUUCCACCUACCAGAUGGCAAAGAAGUGGGACAAUCUGAAGAGGAGAUACAAGGACCUGAAGUAUCCUCCUGUGGGGAUGGAGAGUGUAGCGGACGGCGCCUCCUCCUGGCCGUGGUUCCACCUCAUGAAUGAAGCCAUGGAGGGCCGGUUGGCGAGCAGCGCGCCCCUCCUCACCCCCGUCACCCAGGACGACGACCAGCACCCCGACCCCGCACCACGACACAGGCCACGCCCCUGCCGCCCCCUCCUCCUCCUCCCCCCCUCCUCCACCACGGACUACGGACAGGACUCGUUCGCCGACGCCACGGACCAGAACCAGAACCAGCGCGGCCCGGAGGCCUGCGACGGGCCGCUGGGCGGGCUGGAGCGGGAGUGGGAGAUGGUGGAAAGGGAGAGGGCGGCGCUGGAGCGGGAGAGGGAGAUGGUGGAGAGGGACCGGGCGGCGGUGGAGAGGGACCGGGCGGCGGUGCAGGCCGAGCGACUGUGGCUGGACCGGGAGAGGGCGGCGGUGGAGCGGGACCGGGCCAUGGUGGAGCAGGAGAGGGCGGUGCUGAGCCGGGAGAGGGAGGUUCUGGACCAGAGGGCCCUGAUGCUGAACUCUGUGGGACACUCCGGACACCUCAACGCCCUCAUGUAGGCUCUGGGGGGCGUGGAGCGUCCCUGUACAGAACUCCUGUUGGUCCUGGACGGACCUGCUGCACCUCUGGAUCCAGAUGCUGCAGCAGCUGGUCUUCCACACGGAGCUGGUGAAGGACUGAGCUCACUGGGGGCUGGUCCUGGACAUGUGCGCCUCCUGGGGGGUCGAUGUCUGAACAGAAGAGCUGCACAACUCAACAGUCGUGAGGUUUAAUGUUACGUUUAAGGACAGGAAAAGCUUUUUGUUUACACGAUGACCUGAGUCGCAUCUUUACGCUUUUCCUUCGGUUUUCUGCUCAUGAUUCGACUCUGAGAGGAAGAACGUACCUCCAGUUUAAGAUUGUCCUCAAGAAAAAGAAAAAUAUUGAUAAAUCACAUUCAUUUUAAGUCGCUCUAAUGGUUGCUUACAGAUCUGAAGUCUGUACUAAGAAGCAAGAUUUGCUAGUUGCUACAUUUCAGAUACAUUGACUCUGAAGUUGUCAGUUUCAUGAUGGCUGUUUAACCUGCUAGAUCACCAUGGUAACUGAUGCUGCAUCCCCCAGUUCGGGCUCUGUUCAGAGUUUAAGUUUUAAAUCAGCUGUAAGAAGCAUCUCCCUUUACCCAGUUUGUUCCCUGGUGACGCUCUAAGCUCUUUGGUUUUAUCUACAAACCUGUUGAGCUGAAAGUUAUUAUCGUGCUGCUGCAGGAACCUACAUGGAUUCAGUUAGAGAUGCAGAAAAUGCAUGAAUAUAUUUUUAUACGUGAUCCUGAUUUGCUCACAAGUCCGUUUACAUGCUGGUACUGCAACUUUAUUUAGCAAGUUUAGGAUUUUUUUUCAAUUAAACAUUUGAUUUAAAUGGAACAGGAACAGAAUAGUGCAAAGAAAAGAAUCCUAAAAGUGAAGAGCAGCAUCAUCCCUGUCUUCUGCUUCGUGUUACCUUUGGUUCGCACCACAUGGACCAUUUUUGUUGAAGUUUUAAGGGUUCAAACGUUGGUUUAACAUGACUAAAAUAGGGGUUGGUUGGAUUUCAGAAUUUUUAGACUCUGUCCUGGUGUCGGUCCUGAUGCUGGAUUUGAGGACUGUAAGAGUCAGAUUUGCCCCUUUUUUUUUAUGCAGGUAGAGGUAUCUGAGGCCAGAAAGUCUGGAUUUGUCAAACUUGCUAAACCUCUCAGAUCCUGGAUCAGCUGUUAGCAGACAAACAAUCCAGUUUUUAGAGGGUCUGAGCAGCCUUACAGGAGGAAUCCAGGGCGAAAACAAAUCUAUUUUAUUUUUGUUUGCUGUUAUUUAAGCUAGAAGUCUCGUACGCACAGUUUAUGCACCUGAAACCUGCAGCUCAGGAGCAUUUUAAGAGUAUGUAUUACUAUAUUCUGCCACAUGUGCAGGUUUUUAAACUUAAAACUUUUACGCUCCUUCUGCCUGUGAUGGAAAAUUACGCAACAAAUAACCAAGAAAACACUAAAAACUGCUGACAGACACCCACAAACUCAAGGUUCCCGUUGAGUUUGUGGAUAGAAACUGUUGCUUUUGUGCAGCUCGGCCCGUUCAGACGCCUGGUUGCAGACGAGCAGUUUCCUACUGGGCCCUGGAGGUUCACACCAGUGUUCCCAGUUAACCACCCUGCAUGCAGACUAACUAACGGGAUGAACCACUCUGGACCGACGACCUCCUCGCAGAAGGUUCAGACUCAUCAAUAAACGCUCUGAAAUCCACACAAACAGACGCCCAAACAGACAGCUUCCUUCUUUGUAUUUAUUUACGUUGCGUUUUUAAUUUAAAGUUGUCUUUAGCUCGUCAUCUUUGUGUGUAAAUGUUGCGUUGGAGUCACAGAAAAACGUCUGAAACUGAGCUUAAUUUCAGCAGUCAUGACACUAAAAAAGAAAAAUCCGUUAUGUUUUGGUAAUAGAUCAACCCGUUUGAGUAAAUUUUCAUUAAAAAAAGUUUCAAUUCUUUAAUUCCAGCUUCUUAAAUGUGAAUAUUUUCAUUUUUUUUCUCCUCCUCCUUGACGGUAAACUCAAUAUCUUUGAUUUUGGAGUGAUUUUCACUGUUUUCUCACAUUUUAGAGACAAAACACUAAUCGAAUAUUCCAGAAAAUAAUCUGCAGCGUAAAUAAAUCCACCAGUUUGAUAUCAGGCUGAACUUUUUCCAUCUCAUUUAGUGUUAAUUUAAAAUCAGAAUUAGUAGUAAAUGUAAGAAGAAGGAGGAAAAGUUAGUAAAAACUGUUUAAACAUGUUAAUUGGAGUGUUUAAAAUUCAAAAACAACAGCUAGAAGUCAAAAGAGAUGAAUUUAAAAAACUGAAUUUCCCAAAAAAAGAUAAAAAAUAACGCAUCAGGAUGACAAAUAAUGACUUUCAAAAGACUUAAAUAAAAUACAGAAGCCAUAAUAAUGAAAAUUGGGACUUUCCUUACGUAGAACUUUUCUAAAAGAUUGUAAAUGAAACUGCAAUUCUACUCAAAUAAGAAAAAAAUAUACGUACAAACAUGUUUUUGUUCAGUUUGUAUGUUCACGGGACAACAAUAUCACAAAAUAAAAUUUAAAAAAAAGUUAAUUAGAGCAUUUAAAAUACACAAUAAAUAAAUAUAUUAAAACAAGAACAAUUAGAAGUCAGUUAAGAUUAAUUUUAAAUAAAAAAUGUCAACUUAAAACAGAAUUUCAAGCAAAAUACAGAAGCCUUAAUAAUGGUAAUUGGAACUUUGCUAAUAUAAAAUGUCUCUAAAAUUGUCUUAGAGUAAAUAUAGCUAAAGUACAAAUUAAAUAAACUAGAAGAUAAAAAAUGCACAAUUUUGUUAUUCAGCUGCAAUAUGUUGUUAUUUUUAAAGGGAAGUGUGGACGUUUGUGCUUAUUAAAGGCUUUUAUUUUCAGUAAAAUCAGAUGUUUUGCUGUGACUCUGAUGUAAAUGUUUGAGGUGAGCAGACGGUGAGGCUUUGCAGCGUUUUUUAUUUUUCUCUCGGUCACUUUAAAAGAACCUCCUGAAUGUUUUCUACGCUCAUGUGAAGUUGCCUUUUGUUUCUGUCUCUGUGCUGUUUGUCUGACAGGGAAAAAAAAAAAACACAAAAAGAUGCAGUCGAGGAUUAAAGUUCAGUCCUGAGAACGGUUUGAUAACACGA